UUUUGGCAAAACUUUUGGCGGGUAUAUUGAAAAAGGAGAAAAAGGUAGAUAAGAAGAUGAUGUACAUUGGAAUUUUUACCACAAUAAUGAAUCGCGAUUAAAAUUUAAAAUGUAUAAUAUGAUGAAUGAAGCAAACUAUAAUUGAAAGAUAUUUCCCUGUUUAGUGAACAAUACAAUCGACAAUUCCGCAAGUUGCAUUUAUUUUAUUGUACCUAAUUAUAUCAUCAUACUUUCAGACUCAGAUUUCGAUUGUAAGAUUCGUAAUUUUCAUCAUAAUGGAAAAAGAAAGUGGGCUCGAUGCUCUGAACAAAAUAAAAGGAACACGGGACCGCUUCUUAGCGAUGCAGAAAUUAUCUAAAGAAAUUUUUGAUGAAACAAUAGCUAAAAUUAAUGAACUGAAACACCACCACGAUCAAAUCACUUCAAAUGCGGAUUUACUUCAAAAAAAGAAGAGCGCAUUACCGAUGUUGGAAGAGAGCAACCGUCUAUUAGAUAAACGAGUGAUAAUUUUAGAGAAUAUUUUACACGACAAGAAGCAGUGUAUUGCAGAGCAAGAAACUUUGCUGAAAAAAGAUCAAGAAGAUAUUCUUUCUGGAAGAUCUUCUCAUUGUGACCGCGUUUACGAAUACAUCAGCAAUAAUGAAGAUCAACAUAGCCGGCCUGGUCCAUUGAUACGCAAUGAAAAUGAUUUCAUGUCAAAGGACUUCGUUGACCUUGCAAAACAGAUAGAAAAUUGUGAAAAUGAAUUACGAGUAUUGAACGAAAAAGAGUUGAAAACACAAUUAGCUCGCAAAGAUCUUCAAUCUAUAGAGAAACUUCAAAAACAAGAAGAACUGCAAUACCAGCAACUUCUGGAUGAUAAGAAAGAAACUUUGAAAAAUUUAAUGCAACAAGUCAAACAUUUGAAAUUUAAUCGAAGAAAAUACGAACUGAGCUGUACAAUUGAAAACUUAUAUCAGCAAAAUAGUAGUCAGAAUGUUCAACCAAGUGGAAAUAAUCCGAAUAGUGAAAUCUUGAAUUAUUUUAAUCAUUCUACAACUGCUGAUAACUCAAAGAGUUCCGAAGUAUUGAACAAAAUAAAAAAAAUGCGAGCAGUGAAUACAAGCGAAUCGAAUACGACACCAUCUAUGUAUCAGGCGAUUCGGCGUUUGGGUCCAGAUCAAGAAGAAUUUAAGGAUGCUGCAGUGAAGCGAUGCAAGGUUUCUGAAAAACUACCUCCCUCGGUGAUUGAGUCUUCUAAAUCCAAAAUUAUACCGUCAGUGGGAGAUUCAUAUAAACUUGGAGAAAGUUCCGAUAUUGCUGAAAAUACGAGAAGAAAAUUCAUUCCAAAGAAACCUUUAUUUUCACAGAAGUGAGUUUACACAGGCUCGGAAUUAUUCACUCGCAAGAUUUCUUCCAUCAGAUUUGUGGUGAAAAAACUUCCACUUGUAAUGGAAAACAUUUCGAAUCAGCGUAGAAAAAUUACCAUGAGGACAAGCGCUGACCGCUACCAAUAAAUCCAUAUCCGCGAUAAAUUCGAUAUAAUCUCCUGGUUUGGCAGGACUUUUCUUGGUGAAAUAUUGGUGAGUAUCCUGUUGAGAUUUUUGAUAAAAUUAGUUCUAAUUCAAAUGACAUCUAUAGAAUUUAGAUCGUGAUUUGUACGAACUUUGGUAAAUCCUGUGCACAUAAAUAUGUUCCAGACAUCAUGAACAUCAUCUUCACUCAAACCGAACCUAUCUAUUGCCUUAGUCAGCUGCUGAUGGCACGAGGUCACACAUUUUUCUCCAGUGAUCAACUCGCUAGUGUAAUUAUCACAUCGUGUUCCUGUAUGAUUUUCAAAUCAAUUUUAAUCUGUUUAAACUGAAAUGAUAAUUAUAGGUUAUGAAUUGUCAAGGAAAGCUUACUUACCUAUUACAUCAUGAACUCCAGCCCCAUCUUCAUCUAUACCAUAUUGCAAAGUAUCCGUUACGACAGUUGCUAGGGGAUUUAAGUACGGUAAAUUACUCCACAAUCUGUCGUACGUUGUUAAAUGAGCGGAGUGCAGCUGUCUAGUUUUUCCUUUUGAAAAAAUAAUUUAUGUUUAUGUAAAAUCUAUAAUUCAAAUAUUAGAUUUUCUGUUUUGAUUACCUACAUACCCGAGUAAAAUCUUUCUUUGCUAUUAUGUAAAUUCCAAAAAUUGACGUCUCCUACCUGAAAAGUAUCGCCAAACUUGAAUUUCUGAUCCUGUAUUGAAUUGGUCCAUUUUUUGUGAUACCUAGUUAUGAUAAGUUACUUACUUGCGAACCUUCAGUUACGCUGAUUCUACAUAAUUCGCCUUUUUUCAUGGUCCAUGCCUCGGCAGUUUUUUUCUGAACAGUGAUAUUUCUCUUACAAACGCCUUUCAAAGCUGCAGUUUUUUUGGCAUCAUAUUCUGUUCGAUUAACAACCGCUGCAGAAGGUGAAUUAUAGCAUAUUCUCACAGGACGUUCUGUGGAACUCAUUU